CCAUGGCCAUGCUUCCUUCGGCCGCUUCUCAUUCCCCUGUCCUGUCCUGUCCUGUCAAUACACAGCCGGGCCCACGAUGUUCCAAUCCCAUCGAGGCAGUGUACUACCAGGGACCCCCUGCUGACUGCCCGUUUCUCACUCGCGAUGGUUUUCUUGGCCCUCUGACCCUAUUUCUCUUGUGCAUGAGCCUUAAUACAUAUACACCGUCCUCGUCGCCUGUCAAGAUGGGCUUCUUCCUGGCCUAUCCAACUCACCCAAUACCUCAUCAACAGUAACCCCUUUUCCUACUUGUUGUUUCCUUUUUUUUUUCUUGUGAUUCUCUUUUCAUAUUGAUCUUUGUCUUUUUUCUUUUCCUUUCCCCUUUUCUUUUCCUCAGUCUCUAGCCUGUAUUGUUUGGAAAAUGGUUCGCGGCACUCUUCUCCUCUCCUUGUUCGCCGCGGCGACUUCGGCCGUCACGGCCAAGUCGGUGAAACGCCAGAUCGAGAAGCGCGAACUCCAUGCACGAACCAUACCCGGAGCGUACAUCAUCGAGUUUCACGAGGACGCUGAUCCUACCGAAGUCCACAAAGCAUACGAAGAACACGCAGUGAAGCGGAGAGACCUCAACUACAAGCUUUUCAAGGGCACUUCCAUCCACUUCCGAGACGUCGAAACCGCGGAGGAGAGGGCACUCGAGAUCGGCAACCUGAAUUCCGUCAAGCACAUUUAUCCCGUCGAGCACUAUGAACGGCCGCACGACGAGGUGAUUUGGAGGGGCAACCCGGGACGCGAGUAUAUGCAGAACAGAAGACGUGAUGUCGACCCGGAGGACGAAGACGAGUUUGCCCCUCACCUGAUGACCCAGGUCGACAGGCUCCGCGAUGAGGGCUUCACGGGUGCGGGCCUGAAAGUUGCUGUCAUCGACACUGGUAUUGACUACACCCAUCCCGCCCUUGGUGGAUGCUUCGGCCGUGGCUGUCUCGUCAGCUACGGUAUGGAUUUUGUCCCGGAAAGCGUCGCUGAUGUCGAGAAUCCCGAUAACGGACCCCUGGACUGCGACGGCCAUGGCACCCACGUCGCCGGUACCAUCGCUGCCCAGUCCAACCCUCUCGGUUUCGAGGGCGGCGCGCCCGGUGUUGAGCUGGGCGCUUACAAGGUGUUCGGCUGCUCCGGGGGCGCUUCGACGGACAUCCUGAUCGCUUCGUUCAACCAGGCCUACGAGGACGGCAGCGACAUCAUCUCCGCCUCCAUCGGCGGUCCCAACGGCUGGACCAACGCCCCCUGGGCCUCAGCCGUGACGCGUAUUAUGGAGAAGGGUGUUGCCUGCCUUGUCGCCGCCGGCAACGAGGGCGAAACGGGCAUCUUCUACGCUUCGUCGGGAUCCAGCGCGGCUGGUGCCAUGGCCGUCGGUUCGUUCGAGGUCACCGACAUCCCCAUCGUCUUGAACCAGGAUACCUACACCCUGGACGGCAGCUCCCAGUCCGAGUUUGGUUGGCAUGAAGGUCUCCCUCAGGCGUGGGCUGACGUCUCUCUGCCGCUCUAUGCCCUCAGCUCCGAUACGGAGAUUCCCGACGAUGCUUGCGAUCCCCUCCCGGCCGACACGCCUGACCUCAGCCACUACAUCGUCCUGAUCCGCAGGGGCACUUGCGACUUCGCCGAAAAGGCCGCCAACGUUGCCGCUCACGGCGCCCAGUAUGUCAUGUUCUACAACAACGAAGCUGGUAUCUCCGACGCCGAUGCCAGUGAAGUCGAGGCAAUCCAGGGUGCCGGUAUGGUUACUGCUGAACAGGGUGAAUUCUGGAUCUCGGCACUGCAUGAAGGUUCCGAGAUUGUCCUCCACAUGAGCGACCCUGCCCAGACCGACAUGGUUCUGAGCUUCCACAACAACACGGCCGGCGGCUAUGCCAGUGAAUUCACCACCUGGGGUCCUACCUGGGAUCUCAACGUCAAGCCCCAGUUCUCUGCUCCCGGCGGCAAGAUCCUGUCAACGUACCCUCUCCAUAAGGGAAGCUACUCUGUGAUUAGCGGCACCUCCAUGGCCACCCCUCUCGUUGCCGCCGCCGUCGCUCUCAUCGCCGAGGCCCGCGGCACCCUGGACCCCGUGGAGAUCAUGAACCUCCUCGCCAGCACGGCCAAGCCUCAGCUUUUCCACGACAGCGUUGUCGCCUACGACUACCUGGCGCCCGUCGCCCAGCAGGGAAGCGGCAUCAUCCAAGCCUACGACGCCGCCUACGCCACCGUGCUCCUCAGCACCUCCAGCCUCGCCUUCAACGACUCGGAUCACUUUGUGGCCCAGCAGUCUUUCAAGAUCAGGAACACCGGCUCGCACGGCGUUACCUACCAGCUGUCCAACGUCCCCGCCUCCACGGCCUACACCUUCCUCUCCGGCGAGACCGUCCCGGAUACCUUCCCCAACGAGAUGGUCCAGAGUGGCGCCACUCUCCGCUUCGGCUGCGACCGCGUCGUCGUCCCCGCCGGCGAGGAAGUCGAGGUCACCGUGGAAGUAACGCCUCCCGCACAACUCGACGAGGCCCGUCUCCCCGUCUGGUCCGGCUUCAUCCAACUCGCGGGCGACGACGGGUCCCACUUCAGCGUCGCCUACCAGGGCGUCAGCGGCAGCAUCAAGUCCGUCCCCGUCCUCCAAGGCGCCCAUAACGCCAUCUACGUCAAUGGAGAAGCCGACUACGCCAACGGCAACGAGACCUACGUCCUCCCCGAACCGCACCACGUCGACCCGGGCACCGACCGCCUCCCCGGCAUCGCUAUCGGGUUGUCCAUGGGCAGCGAGCUGGUCCACGUCGACUUGGUCCCGCUGAGCCCCGUGGACCCGGACCUCGUGUACAACUUUUUCGGCCACGAGACCAUUGGCGCGGCGUUCUUCUCGCCUCUCCUGUUCAACCCGCGCGCUACCAUUCCGUCGUGGUGGGACGGUGAGCUUGACGACGACACGUUUGCGCCGGCGGGUCGCUACAAGUGGGCGGUCAGGGCGCUGCGCAUCUUUGGCGACCCUUUGAACGCUGAUGACUACGAGUAUGCCGAGUCGGAGCCUUUUACUAUCAGGUAUACGGAGUCGCAUGCUAUUGAGAAGAAGAGCGUUAAGAAGUCGGGUGAUAAGUUGGCGGAGCGGCUGGCUCGUCUGCAAAACAUGUAAUCUCAACUGGUUGUUUGGAUGCAUCGUGUGACGAUAUUGUCUGGGAGAUAGACGAUGAUGUUGGGUGUGGAAUAGAGGGCAUGUUGAUACCCGACACCGACACCAAGUUAUUUCUGUACUUGUUUGGCUUUCUAGCAUUGCGUGGCGUUUGUCUGUUUGUCAUUGAGAUACUCAAAUUUGGAGAGUUAUAUAGAUGGAAGAAUAAUGUCUCAAAACGUCGAGUCUGCCAGCGUUCACCUCCGUCUUCUUGGAACCACCUUUAACCCCCUUGUCUUCCUUUCUUUUUGCCAUCCCUCUUCCGUCUCCCUGAGCUAAACCGACGCAGCAGGAUAUCCUAUCAGCAACAACUGGAAGCAUUGGUUGCAAACACUCUCGGCGCCAUUCGCGGCCUCGUGGCGGAGAUGCAUGGCCGUAUGUAUAUACGGGUGGUGUCAAGU